AUGGAUUCUGACACUCUAAUUAUCUUCAAAGUGACUUGCUCUAAUGAACCCGCAAUAUUGCGUCGUAUUACGUUUACAAAGAUAGAUGAUGUUUCUUAUCAAGCCUUAUACUCAAAUCUAUCGCUACUUUUCGAGAUUAAUGAUUUUAAAAUUCGGUAUAUUGAUGAAGAUAAAGACGCCAUUGCUAUUGAUAAUGACUUUGAUUUGCAGGAAGCUAUAAAACACAAUAAAUCCCGUUCUAAAGGAAAUUCUCGCCUUGUUAUCCGGUUGACCUUGGAAGUAACAUCCUUUCCUACCGAUCAGGGGUUUUCUAAUCAUAGUCAUCCUGAUAGUAUAGCACAGAAUUUUGUCACCCAAUUCAGCGAUGAGUCUCUGAGUAUCCACCGUCACAACGAUAAUAAUACUUUCUUAUCCAUUCCUCGCACUUCUCAUAUAUUCACAAAUUCUAGGCAAUUAAACGGGAGCUAUCAUAAUGCAAUUUGUGAUUACUGUGACUCGGUAAUUGCGGGCGUUCGCUAUAAAUGCAUUAAUUGUCCAGAUUUUGAUUUAUGUAACAAUUGCGUUGCUCUUGCACCAAUACAACAUCCGGGUCACACAUUUAUACCGAUUCAUAGAAACGGUGAGCCUGAAAUCAAACCGUCAAAUUCUGUAUUCCACCCUGGAAUCAGAUGUGAUGCUUGUGGAAAAGCUAUUCGUGGAGUUAGGUAUAAAUGUGGUAACUGCGUUGACUUUGAUCUGUGUGGAAAUUGUGAAGCAGAUCCUAUCAGCAAACAUGAUGAAAAUCACAUUUUCAUAAAGAUCAAGAAACCUGUGCUGAAACGACUUCGAACAAAUAAACCAUUAUUACAUCAUUUGUACUCGGAAGUUGAUCAAAAAACUAGCCAUGGUAAAUACAGCAGACGAUCUUCUCAAUCAAGAAAUAUUCAAAGUGAGAUGGAGUUUGUAUCAAAGCAAACCUUGGUUGAGUCUAAUUCUGAUGAAUCGAGUUUAAACCGGUUAAAUCCUUUAAUCAGUCCACUUAAUGGUGAAGAUAAUACUAGUGAAUCGGUUAUCAGCCGGGCUCCAAUCGCUUUAUAUAAUGGUCCUUUUUUUAUGGCCAGCUUUAAUAUAUCACCUCCAACUCCUGAAAAUCUUACGCGAGAAAAAGUCCAAACCCCUAUUGCUACAAACACUUUGGACAUCCCUUGUUCACCUUCACCGUCCGUAACCACUAUUGCGUCUCAGGACGAAGACGAUGAUAUCCCCAUGUCGUAG